UCUCCACCACUUCAUGUCUGGGUUCAGUACAACUCCAAGGUCACGUGUCUCUUCAGGGUAAAACAACCUUCUUAUAUAACUGCAGUUGUAGUUUCGGCUUCUUUAGUGGAAACACAGAGGGAAGGAAAGAGCCAACAGAGCCAUCAGAUCAACACCUGAGACAACAAAGAUGGGUCUCCUGUCCUGGAUGGUGCUUUCACUGACUGUGUUGCUGCCUGCUGCAAACAGUUUACCUCCAGUGAACGAGGCCCAACUACAAGAUAUAGUUUCAGAUAUCUUGAAACGCUAUGCUGAUAGUCAAGAUCAAAGGAAAUGGCCCAUGUUCAGCUUGGUUGUGAGCAUCCCGUUUAACAGUAAAACUAAGACGUAUGAUAUCAACCAAGUCCCAGAUGAUGCCAACAACGUAAAGAACACCAUCUUAAAUCUGAAUUCUGAGGUGUACACUGGAACGAAGGUUGUGGCCGCCACAGUUUUAAGAUAUAAUGAUGGCACAGCAGAUCAUGCAGAGUAUCGUACUCUGCAGAACUUGAAAACCAUAAAAAAACACAUUGACGUAAAUGACCUGUUGCUUAUUUAUGUCUAUGCUUCUCCAUGUUCCGCGAGAUGUACAAACAGCAAGAAACAGAGUAAUAUCCUUAGAUUUUUACAAAACUAUAAAAAUGAUAAGGUUGUCUUUGUGUUUUCUAAAGUAUUCAAGCCUAGCAAUACCAAUUUAUCUGCAAAGGCUCUACAGGAGGCUCUGCAGAACCUGGGGGGAACAAUCGGUCUGGGCCGCAUAUUUCGUUGUGAUAUAGUGAAUGGUAGGAUGAAAUGUGUGAGCUGUAAUAGGAAUGGAAAGGUUGCUGAGUGGUGUUAUGAUGAUAAUAAACCGCCAGCCUAAAAAGGCAGGGGGUAAACAGUAGAUGUGGCUUCCAUGAUUCAUUACAUGAACUUUAGCUUUGCAGGAACAUGAGGUUUAUUUUUAAAAUAAUAUCUAAGUAUUUGUUAGUCAGCUGAGUCCAAUCUAUCUUCAUUUGAAUGUAACCCAAGCAAUUAGAAAUUAACUGAUUUCACUGACCAAGAAAUGAUGAUGAAAACUGCCUUUUAUAUUUUCUCAGGUCAAAAUUUGUUUCAUAAUCUGAAAUAUUAAAUGUGCACUAAAAAGAAAAAAAAAUAAAGGAAAUCUUUGAUGUU